AUGACAGAAAUCUUCAACUCCACCUACUUGGACUCUAUAAGAGGCCCUACUUUCAGUGACAUUACCAAGAAUAUCUUUGCCACUCAGCCUCACUUAACGUUCUUAGAGAAAAUAUGGGCUGCUUACUACACGUAUAUGAGCAAUGACACCCUUGCCACGGGUCUAUUAUUUUUCAUGGUCCACGAGCUCAUGUAUUUCGGAAGAUGUCUUCCUUGGUUCAUCAUUGACCAGAUUCCUUACUUCCGUAAAUGGAAGAUUCAGCCAAAGCAAAUUCCCUCCAACAAGGAGCAGUGGGAAUGUUUGAAAAGUGUUUUGAAAUCCCAUUUUUUGGUUGAGGCCUUACCAAUUUGGACUUUCCACCCUCUCUGUAAAACUUUGGGUAUAUCAGUUGCCGUUCCCUUCCCUUCUUGGAAGACGUUAGCAUUGCAAUUUUCCGUUUUCUUUGUUUUGGAGGAUUUGUGGCACUAUUGGUUUCAUAGGUUAUUCCACUAUGGUGCAUUCUACAAGUACAUUCACAAGCAGCAUCAUAGAUAUGCCGCUCCUUUUGGACUGGCUGCAGAGUAUGCCCACCCUGUUGAAGUGAUGGCUCUUGGUUUUGGUACUGUUGGAUUCCCUCUCCUGUGGGCUUAUUUCACCCGAGACUUACACUUGUUCACCAUUACUUGUUGGAUCACUCUUAGAUUAUUCCAAGCUGUUGACGCCCAUUCUGGUUACGACUUCCCUUGGUCAUUGCAUAACUUUGUACCGUUCUGGGCUGGCGCAGAGCACCAUGAUCUGCACCACCACUACUUCAUUGGAAAUUAUGCUUCCAGUUUCAGAUGGUGGGAUUACACCCUGGACACGGAAGCUGGUCCUGAGGCCAAGAAGGAACGUGAAGAACGUAUGAAGCUAAAGGCCGAAAGAAAGGCUGCUGCUUUGGCUCAGAAGAACAAGAAAAUUGCAUAG